CAUUUGUGCGUUCAUAGCGAGCAACAGUGAACGGAAUACAGUAUACACAUGUAUGUAUGUACGUACAAUAUACAUAUAAUGCAUAAUUGCCGAGAGUGCGAAGCUACUUAAAAGAUAAUCGGAGUUUAAUUAAGAAGUGUCCUUGUCUGAAGAUUUGAACGACAUGUCGCUGAUACGUAUGCUCUUAAAAGGAAUAUCUUUAUUUUUAUCUACUUAAAUUGGUAUGGGGGUGCCAUGGCUAUCCCAAGUGCGUUAUGUGCACUUGGCAUUUGCAUUCACGUUACUGGUAUUGCUUUUCUACUUGUUCUCCCUAAAUCCGGCUACACUAAGGCCGACAAUACCACCAACAAGAUCAUUCUUAACCUCAGAAGUCCGAAUGAUCCAAGGUAACAUUAGCUUUCCUGGUGUGCACAACAACACAUCAUCGGAGGCGCCCCCUCAACCACAAAACGCAAGCAAUCACUCGAAUCAUACUACGAAUAUUCAUCAAGCAAACCUAGAUCUGACUCAAGGAGUUCCCGCUGAAUAUAUUUACGAAGCUGGUCAUAUAGAUGUAAGUUCUGAUGUUUGUGCUGACUUGGGCAAAGGUGUGAAGCUGCUAGUAGCUAUCACGUCAGCACCAAGCCAUGACAGUGCCAGAGAAGCAAUUCGAAAGACUUGGGGUUCAUUCGCUAGCCGAAAGGACGUCGCUAUAGCCUUUAUGUUAGGGUCAAUCGCCAAUGAAACAAUUAACAAGAAGCUGGACGAAGAACAAACUUUAUACGGUGAUAUCAUUAGAGGCAAGUUUGUUGACACAUACGACAAUCUUACUCUGAAAACUAUUUCGAUAUUGGAAUGGGUGGAUAAUUACUGUCCUAAAGCAGCUUUCGUACUUAAAACGGACGAUGAUAUGUUUAUUAACGUGUCCCGCCUCCUAGCUUUCAUAGCAAAACAUAAGCCUGAACAAAAAAUUAUCUAUGGCCGGCUGGCCAAAAAAUGGAAGCCGAUAAGGAACAAAAAGUCGAAAUACUACAUUUCUCCGCAACAGUAUAAACCACCAGUUUUUCCAGAUUUCACUACAGGUCCGGCCUAUUUACUUCCUGCUAAUUUAGCAAAGCCGCUCUAUUUAUCCGCUUUAAAUCAUACUUAUUUAAAGUUGGAAGAUGUGUUCCUCACCGGAAUUGUAGCAGAUGGGCUUAAGAUCAAAAGAGUACAUGCUCCCGAGUUUCUGAACAAAAGAGUCUCCUUUACACCCUGUAAUGUUCAAAAAGAGAUUAGCAUUCACAUGGUAAAAAGUGCUGAACAGUUUGACUUGUGGAAAAAGCUGCAUGAUAUAGCCAAGUGUAAAAAGUGAUAUUUCAAGCAAGCAACAAACUUCUUGUGAUUAGUCUUUAUUAUAUAAAUAGUUACUUAUUUGUUAACAGUAUUUAUUUUAUGUUAAAUUAUUUUUGCAUUUAAACGUUUUAUUGUAAUAAAUUAGAAAAAGGUUAUAGAUGAUAAUAAACGAUUUUAUAUAAAAACAAAUAUAUAUCUACUAAUUUAAUAAAGCUGUGAAUUAUUCUCUUAAGUAUUAUGGUCAUUUAUAUUGUACUUAAAUAUAAAUAAUUUACUGAAACUGAAAAGUCGUUGAAGCUCAAUAAACAUUAUUUAUUAAAAGUAUUAGUUAACAUUUAUCUGACUGAUCUACAGUGGUGUGGUUAUAGUAGUUCAAAUAAUUUUCAAAAGCAGCUGACUCCAGAGCAUUUGCGCCUUCCUCCUCCCAAUAAUGCCGGUAAUCGAGGCUUCAUGCUGCCGCGAAAUUUCAGGUAAUAGCCACCGAACUAAAUGUUAACUAAACGCUUGAUAUGAUUUUUUGCAUUGAUUUAUAUUAUACCAAAUCAAAAUCAGAGUUAAAAUAGUCUCUGAAUAUUGUAUUAUUGCUAUUUGAAAAUUGACGAGACAAUCCAUUUUGUUCCUUCAUCACCAUAUGGCUCUAUGUUUUUUAUAAGGAAAUAAAAACUCUUGUGUAGUAA